AUGGUGGACACAGAGUUCAAAGGUGUUGCCAGACCAGGAGUGUCUCACCAAUUUACAUCAAAACUCUUCGCUUUUGAACACACUCCUCAAAAAACUUCUUCGUCAGCUCAAAACAUCAUAAUAUUCGUUGGCGGGCUGUUCGAUGGCCUCCACACAGUACCAUACGCUUCACGAUUGGCCGAUGCAUUGCCACCAUCAUGGACACUGGCACAGGCUAUCUUGUCCUCCUCGUACACGGGUUGGGGAAUCUCGUCUCUCCAGAAAGAUGUCGAAGAGCUUUCUGACUGUGUUUCCUACUUUCGUUCCAUCAAGCCUGGCAAAAUAGUUCUCAUGGGCCAUUCAACAGGCUGCCAAGACGUGCUUGAGUAUCUCACCGGACCUGGUCACGAAAAUCGCAAGCCCAUUGAUGGAGGCCUAAUUCAAGCGGCAGUCAGUGAUCGAGAAGCUAUUUUCACCAUGAUGGACCCAGACACUAUCAAAUCCGUGUGCGCAAAAGCUCAAAGUAUGGUCGAUGGCGGCGAUGACGAUGAGAUAUUGCCAUCUACCGAUAUAGGCAGCAUUUUCCCUUGCCCUGUCUCCGCUAAAAGAUUUCUGUCUUUAGCCAGCCCUAAUCAUGAUGGCGACGACGACUAUUUCAGCUCGGAUCUCACAGACGAUCAGCUCAUGAAGACAUUUGGAAGUCUGCCAAACUCGACCCCGAUAUGCAUCUUGCUCUCGGGUAGUGAUGAGUAUGUUCAGCCAGAUGUUGAUCCGGCAAAGCUUUUGGCACGCUGGAUUGAGAUUGCGAAAAGUGGUAAAGGGAAAGUGGACGAAAAUAACUCCGGCGUCAUCGAAGGAGCUACUCAUAAUCUAGCUGGGAAUUCUGAAAGCGUUGUGAAUGACUUGAUGAAAAGAGUCCUUGGUUUUUUGGGUGGCAUUUGA